AUGGCUACUCAUUUAAAUGAUAGCCUGCUAUGGCUAUGCCUCGGGGUGUCUCUAUUCUUCGCCGUCCGCGGGAUUGCUACGGAUCUCCGCCGAGUGCGCGAUCUAACAGAAAUCAAGCAUGUCGAGAAGGAAGAUAAGAUGAUCAGUGAGGGCACAGAAGAUGGUUCGCAAACAUUCGAUUGCAACAAGGAAGAAACUUUCAAGCUGAUACCCCUCUUUCCAGCUCUGAAAUUAGAUACUCUCCUCAAGCUCUCCCAGAGCACGAGCUAUGACCUUCGUGCAGCAGCUUUGCGUAUUAUUUCAGAGCGGUCUACAAAAGGUUCAACUCGGGAUUUACUUCUUCAAGAUCUUGCAAGUAAACAUCAAGGACGACGGAGCAAGGCGCUCAGCGCAAUGCACUUUUUAGUGUCCAACAGAGCAUUAUCGCGAACGUCCGUUUGUGCCCGUUUAAAAGACCUUCCCACCUACAAUGCUCUUGUCGACUGCCUCUGCAACUUCCUCGAGGAGCAUACCGAAGAAACCUGUGAUACUGUCUCUCCUAUCCUUCCCAAAACGAGGCCAUUGGGGGAGAGAAAAGCUUUGAACACCAUCAACAUAAUACUCCCGGAGAAUAUACCUGCCGCUUUAGAAGCUGGAAUAAUCAGUCGAUGGCUCUCAAAAUAUCCAUUUCCGUGUGCAAUGUCCGAAACCUCACGGAGACAGGAUGUGGUAAUACUUAUGAAGACGUGGUGGUAUGAUGAUACUGUCAUGAGCUCGAUAUUUGGUACCCUUUCUUCACAUCCGGACGGGGCGAAGCAACUCCGGAAACACGGUCUCAUGGGUAGUGUGAUGGAAGAAAACGACCAUGACGACGAAGAUUAUGCGGGGAGCGACGUAUGGAUGGUUGAUGGUGAGGACACAGCCGGCAUGAGCCAGUAUUCAGGUAGGCGUCUCCAGGAAAGAAGCCCCGAGGAACAAGCUCUGAGAAGACGCAGAAGAGAGGCAAUGGUCUUGAGUGACGGAGGACGUCCACUGGGCAACGACGAUAUAAUACAACUACCUGUUCAAAGCGAUUGA